UAAAUCAUUCUGCUGGGAUCGAAGGAAGGCUAACGCAAGAAGAAGCCCGGGAUCCAAGGGCUUUGCCUCGGCACCUCAUGGCGACCUCGGACAACCCGUCCUCGUCCAACACGGCUUCGGAUCCCAAUCCGAGCAACUUGCGACCCACAACUUAUGACACCUGGUGUGGUGUGGCUCAUGGCUGCACGAAGAAAAUCGGGCUGAAGAUAUGUGGGUUCUUGCAAAGGAACAACAGCCUGGAAGACAAGAGCCGGCUGGUGAGCGCUCUCAAGGAAAGGCAAUCUUCCAAGAACCUGCUGGCCUGCGAGAACAGCGAGAAGGAAACCCGGUUCCGGAGGACCGAGACGGACUUCUCCAACCUCUACGCCCGGGAUUUGCUGCCAGCCAAGAAUGGUGAGGAGCAGACGGUGCAGUUUCUCCUGGAGGUGGUGGACAUUCUCCUAACGUAUGUGAGGAAGACCUUCGACAGAUCCACCAAAGUCCUGGACUUCCAUCACCCACACCAGCUCCUGGAGGGCAUGGAAGGCUUCAAUCUUGAGCUCUCUGACAACCCAGAGUCACUCGAGCAGAUCCUGGUGGACUGCAGGGACACACUGAAAUAUGGAGUCAGGACAGGUCACCCUCGCUUUUUCAACCAGCUUUCUACAGGGCUUGAUAUCAUUGGCUUGGCUGGAGAGUGGCUGACGUCUACUGCUAAUACAAACAUGUUUACAUACGAAAUUGCACCUGUUUUUGUCCUCAUGGAACAAAUCACGCUUCGAAAAAUGAGAGAGAUUAUCGGAUGGUCAAAUAAAGAUGGAGAUGGAAUAUUCUCACCUGGUGGUGCUAUAUCCAAUAUGUAUAGCAUCAUGGCUGCCCGCUACAAAUAUUUCCCAGAAGUCAAAACGAAAGGCAUGGCUGCAGUGCCUAAACUGGUCCUAUUUACCUCAGAACAUAGUCACUACUCAAUAAAGAAAGCUGGAGCUGCGCUUGGUUUUGGAACAGAAAAUGUGAUUUUAAUAAAGUGCAAUGAAAGAGGCAAAAUAAUACCAGCUGAUUUGGAAGCCAAAAUUCUGGAAGCCAAACAAAAGGGAUAUGUUCCCCUUUAUGUGAAUGCAACUGCUGGCACAACAGUUUAUGGGGCCUUUGACCCAAUUCAGGAGAUGGCGGACAUUUGUGAUAAAUACAACCUUUGGCUCCAUGUGGACGCUGCCUGGGGAGGUGGAUUGCUAAUGUCCAGGAAGCAUCGUCAUAAGCUGAGUGGCAUAGAAAGAGCCAACUCAGUCACAUGGAAUCCACACAAGAUGAUGGGAGUUUUAUUACAAUGUUCUGCCAUUCUUCUUCGGGAAAAGGGCAUACUUCAAGGUUGCAACCAGAUGUGUGCAGGAUAUCUGUUCCAACAAGACAAGCAAUACGAUAUAACCUACGACACUGGGGAUAAAGCAAUACAGUGUGGUCGCCAUGUGGACAUAUUCAAAUUCUGGUUGAUGUGGAAAGCCAAGGGUACAGUGGGAUUCGAAAGUCAGAUCAACAAAUGUCUUGAACUAGCAGAAUACCUCUAUAAUAAAAUUAAGAACAGAGAGGAGUUUGAGAUGGUUUUCGAAGGAGAGCCUGAACACACAAAUGUUUGUUUCUGGUACAUCCCACCAAGUCUCAGAGGGGUCCCGGACUCAGAGGAGAGGAGAGAAAAGCUACAUAGGGUUGCACCCAAAAUCAAGGCGCUGAUGAUGGAGUCAGGUACCACGAUGGUUGGAUAUCAGCCACAGGGAGAUAAAGCCAACUUCUUCCGAAUGGUUGUCUCGAACCCUGCAGCUACCAAGUCUGACAUUGACUUCCUCAUUGAGGAAAUAGAAAGACUGGGGCAAGAUCUGUAAUCCACUCAAAUGACCCGUUUUACUUCUCUAACAGCACUAUUUUCCAGUACUGGCUUCUUCUGGUUUUGGUUUGUUUGGGGUUGUUGUUUUUUUGUAACCACUUCUGUAGAACACAUUUUAAGGUAAUCCCUUUCUAAAUGUUCGAUUCUUCUGAGACAUGCUCCUUAACAAAACAAAAAAAAACCACAAUGUCAAAAAACCCUGUAUAUUAUGAAACAUAUAUGUGUAUUAGUAGGUUAUUUUACCAAAAGGGGAAAAUAUAUUAUCUUACAAUGCAUUGUCCGCCCUUAUUUAAAAGCCUGGCAGAUCUAGUUAGCAGGAAGCUAAUUGUAUUAAGGUAGACAAUUAAGAACUCUGCACAACAGAUGUGUACAGUAAUAUAUAUAUAUAUAAUAUAAAUAAAUGAAUAUAUAUCUAUAUAUAUAUUAUAAAUAAAGUGGUGGUGAGCCUAAGAGUAAUUCACGGUAUAUUUUCCAGUGCAGAGGUGAUCCCAAUCAAGGACUGCUCCUGCAAAGCUCCAUUUUAAUUAAUGAGGCAUGACCAGAGCAUUGCUUGAGAGAUUAUACCCCAACACCCUCAUUGUUUGGGAGUUACCUCCAUUGGUUUGAAUGGAUAGCACUGGGCACCAUCCACCUCCCUAUGUUUCUUCUGAUUUUUAAUGGGCGGAGUCAAGCCAAAGGUGAGCAUUUUUAAAGCCCCUCUGGAACCAAUGGAACUUAAGAGUACUUAGCUUUGACUGGAUCAUGGCCAAGAUGUGCAAAUAUUUAGGACUGGGGUGGGAGGAAGGUAAUGUUUUCAUCUAAAAAGGUAAAUAAUGCAAUAACUGGGCCGAUGUCAUAUCCCAGACGAAAUUAGGUAUGUAUGGGGAAAACAUUUUUAAAGAUGUAGAUUCUUAGGAACUAAGGAAAAUGUUUAACCUUAUUUAAACUUUGUUGCUGGUGCUUCUCUGGUGUAUAAAAGAAACAGCAAUGCUUUCCUAAAGAGAACCACCUACUAGAUGUAUAUAUGCCCCCAUUAGUUGUCAUAUCAAGGGAUAGUAGUAGCUGAGGUGUUGUGAUAGGCCAUAAUAUUAUUGUUGUAUUUUUUAGAAUUUGAUUUGUGUAGAUUGUAUACAUUACUGUUAGACCGCGGGAGGAAGGAGGAACUAAAUGUUAAUAGUUUUCCAGCAAGAUAACUGUUCAGUUCUCGGUAUACGAACCGUUUGCUUUCUUUAUAUGCAAAGAUUUACCAUGCUAAAGAGCUGUCUUGUAUUUUCUUCCAUUUGUAAUGUAUCCUAUUUAUAUAAUUAUCAAAGUUCUAAAUAAUGUUUAUUGGUAUUUUAGUGUAUUUGUGAGCCAAAGAGAAGAUUAAAAAUUAGUCAACACGUUUAUAUAAUAGUGCCCUUAAAACAAUAACUUAAUAGAUGAUUUUACUGUCUAUAAGGAAUCCUAACACUGUAUAUAGACUUUAGCCUAAUGAAAUACUUUCAUUUUAAUAGAAAUGUCACCUUUACUAAUUGUACUGUAGUCUGGCUGUACGUUCUGUGUUCUGGGUGCUUUUUUUAGUGAAUCAUGAAUGCUUACAUUAGGCUGCUGCAUACUCCUGGUAGUUUAGGGCCAAACUCUGUAAUUUAUUUAGAUAAAUUCUGUGGCAAGAUA